AUGGACGCGACGGAGGACGAGAUCGCGCGCAUGCAGGAGGAGCGGCGCGCCAAGGAGCAGGAGCUGGCGGCGCUGGCGUCGGUGAGCUUCGACAAGGAUCUGUACGGCGGCGGCGACAAGGACCGCUUCGCGGGCUACGAGAUGUCGAUCCCCGUGAUGGAGGACGAGGAGGAGCAGGAUGCCACGGAGCGGGAGGUCGCCAGGAAGCUGGCGUCGUACACAGCGCCCAAGGAGCUGCUGCACGAGCUGCCGCGCGGAGAGGCGGAGGAAGAGCCCGCGGGGUUUAAGAAGCCAUCGCGCAUCAUAGACAGGGAGGACGACUACCGGCGCCGCCGCCUCAACCGGAUUAUCUCGCCCGACCGCCAUGAUGCCUUUGCCAUGGGUGACGCCACCCCUGAUGCCGCAGUGCGCACGUACGCGGACGUGAUCAAGGAGGAGGCGUUGAAGCGCGAGAAGGAGGAGACGCUGAGGCAGAUCGCCAAGAAGAAGGCGGAGGAGGCUGAGAGGAAGGCUGCUGAGCUCUCCUCCGCGCCCACCAAGGCCCAAGGCGCCGCUGCCGCCCCCGCUGCCGCUGCUGCCGCCCCUGCUGCUGCAGCUCCCAGUGCUGCUGCUGCUGCUGCUGCGGGGAGCAAGAGGAGGAAUCGGUGGGACGUGGCGGGAGGGGGAGGGCCUGGUGCUGCGGAGGUUGAAGCCAAGAAGCCCAAGGCAGCAGCUGAUUGGGAUGCUCCAGAUGCCACUCCCGGCGCUGCUAGUCGUUGGGACGCUCCCACCCCUGGUCGGGGCAGUGCAGUGGACGCCACCCCCACGCCCGGCCCCCGCCGCAACCGAUGGGAUGAAACCCCCUCCCACGGCGGAGUAAUGCCGGACGACGCCACCCCCUCCGCGCUCCCGGGCGGCGGCGGCGCCACCCCGGGGCUGGGCGGCGGGGCCACGCCGGCCGGCAUGGCUUGGGACGCCACGCCGAAGCUCUCGGCCGGCGCCACCCCGACCCCGAAAAAGACGCGGUCCAGAUGGGACGAAACGCCGGCCGGCGGAGGCGUUACCCCCGCGGGCGGCGGGGGCGGCGCCACCCCGUCCGCUGCUGUAGGCAUGACCCCCUCGGGGAUGACUCCGGGGGGGGUGACAUUUGGGGGAGCUACACCUGGUGGGUUCGGGGUCACACCGGUGGGAGGAAUGGACAUGGCAACUCCCACCCCGGGUCAAAUCGCCCUACGGGGGCCGCUCACCCCGGAGCAAUUCACCAUGCUGCGAUGGGAGAGGGAGAUUGAGGAGCGGAACAAGCCACUCUCAGAUGAGGAGCUGGAUGCCAUGUUUCCCUUAGACGGAUAUAAGGUGCUCGAACCCCCUGCCUCGUACGUCCCCAUCCGCACCCCUGCGAGGAAGCUCCUCGCGACGCCGACCCCGAUGGGAGGAGCAGGGGGGGGUGCGACGCCGCUGUAUGCGAUUCCGGAGGAGGAUCGGCAGCAGCUGUUUGACGUGGGGAAGGAGGUGCCGGGGCUGCCGAACCUGAAGCCGGAGGACUACCAGUACUUUGGCGCGCUGCUGAACGAGGAGGAGGAGGAGAAGAUGAGCGCGCAGGAGAAGACCGAGAGGAAGAUCAUGAAGCUGCUGCUCAAGGUGAAGAACGGCACGCCUCCCCAGCGCAAGACGGCGCUGAGGCAGCUGACAGACAAGGCGCGGGAGUUUGGUGCGUCCGCCCUCUUCAACCAGAUCCUGCCGCUGCUCAUGUCGCCCACCCUGGAGGACCAGGAGAGGCAUCUGCUCGUCAAGGUCAUCGAUCGCAUUCUGUACAAGCUGGACGAGUUGGUGCGCCCCUUCGUGCACAAGAUCCUGGUGGUCAUCGAGCCGCUGCUCAUUGACGAGGACUACUAUGCACGUGUGGAAGGCAGAGAGAUUAUCUCCAACCUCAGCAAGGCAGCAGGCCUUGCAACGAUGAUUGCAGCCAUGCGGCCCGACAUAGACAACGUGGACGAGUACGUGCGCAACACCACCGCGCGCGCCUUCUCCGUGGUGGCCUCCGCGCUCGGCAUCCCCGCUCUGCUGCCCUUCCUGAGGGCCGUGUGCGCCAGCAAGAAGUCGUGGCAGGCGCGGCACACGGGCAUCAAGAUCGUGCAGCAGAUUGCGAUUCUCAUGGGGUGCGCCGUGCUGCCGCACCUGCGCUCCCUGGUUGAUAUCAUUGAGCAUGGGCUGGGAGACGACAACCAGAAGGUGCGCACCAUCACGGCGUUAUCCCUGGCAGCGCUGGCAGAGGCGUCAGCCCCCUACGGCAUUGAGAGCUUUGACUCCGUGCUCAAGCCGCUGUGGAAGGGUAUUCGUGCGCACCGCGGGAAGGUUCUUGCGGCCUUCCUGAAGGCGAUCGGGUUCAUCAUCCCCCUGAUGGACGCCAUGUAUGCCAGCUACUACACCCGCGAGGUGAUGGUGGUGCUGAUUCGCGAGUUCCAGUCGCCGGACGAGGAGAUGAAGAAGAUAGUGCUGAAGGUGGUGAAGCAGUGUGUGGGCACGGACGGCGUGGAGCCGGACUACAUCCGCACGGAGAUCCUCCCCGAGUACUUCAAGCACUUCUGGGUGCGCCGCAUGGCGCUCGAUCGACGGAACUACAAGCAGCUCGUUGAGACCACAGUGGAGAUUGCUAAUAAGGCGGGGGUGAGCGACAUCAUAGGGCGCGUGGUGGAGGACCUCAAGGACGAGAGUGAGCCGUACCGGCGCAUGGUGAUGGAGACGGUUGAGAAGGUGCUCACCAACCUGGGGGCCGCUGACAUCGACGCGCGGCUUGAAGAGUUGUUGAUCGACGGCAUCCUUUACGCAUUCCAGGAACAGACAAGCGACGACGCGAAUGUAAUGCUCAACGGCUUUGGCACGGUGGUGAAUGCGCUCGGGCAGAGAGUGCGUCCCUACCUCCCCCAGAUCUGUGGAACGGUGAAGUGGCGGCUGAACAACAAGAGUGCCAAGGUGCGGCAGCAGGCAGCGGAUCUGAUAGCGCGCAUUGCCGUGGUCAUGAAGGCGUGCGGGGAGGAGCAGCUUAUGGGGCACCUGGGCGUCGUGCUUUACGAGUACCUGGGAGAAGAGUACCCCGAGGUGCUGGGGUCUAUCCUGGGAGCGCUCAAGGCGAUAGUGAACGUGAUCGGCAUGACCAAGAUGACUCCUCCCAUCAAGGACCUGCUGCCCCGCCUCACGCCCAUCCUCAAGAACAGGCACGAGAAGGUGCAGGAGAAUUGCAUCGACCUGGUGGGGCGCAUUGCGGACAGGGGAGCGGAGUUCGUGCCGGCGAGGGAGUGGAUGCGCAUCUGCUUUGAACUGCUCGACAUGCUCAAGGCACACAAGAAGGGAAUUCGGCGUGCCACGGUGAACACCUUUGGGUACAUCGCCAAGGCCAUCGGGCCCCAGGACGUGCUGGCGACGCUGCUGAACAACCUCAAGGUGCAGGAGCGGCAGAACCGCGUGUGCACCACCGUGGCCAUUGCCAUUGUGGCUGAGACCUGCUCGCCCUUCACUGUGCUGCCUGCCCUGAUGAACGAGUACCGAGUGCCGGAGCUGAAUGUGCAGAACGGGGUGCUCAAGUCGCUGUCGUUCCUGUUUGAGUACAUCGGCGAGAUGGGGCGAGACUACAUCUAUGCCGUCACUCCGCUGCUGGAGGAUGCGCUCAUGGAUCGAGACCUGGUGCACCGACAGACGGCAGCAUCGGCAGUGAUGCACAUGACGCUGGGAGUGGCAGGGCUUGGUUGUGAAGAUGCUCUGAUUCACUUGCUAAAUCUGGUGUGGCCCAACAUCUUUGAGACAUCGCCUCACCUGAUUCAAGCAGUCAUGGGAACCAUUGACGGCAUGAGGGUGGCUCUGGGCCCUGCGCUCGUGCUUGGCUAUGUCCUGCAGGGUCUAUACCAUCCAGCUCGUAAGGUGCGUGAGGUGUAUUGGCGUAUCUACAACAACCUGUACAUUGGUGCACAAGAUGCCCUUACGGCUGCAUACCCACGCCUGCCUGACGAGCCGAACAAUACCUACACUCGAGCGGAGCUUGACAUGUUCAUCUGA